UGUUAAAUCACUUUAUAGGUAGUUUUUUCAAGGUUUCACACAAAUAGGCUAUGCUAUCCUUGUUUGUAGUAGGCCUAACGUUAGUAGGCCUAAUAGUUUAUAGAGGCUGCUUCUAAAGUAGGCCUUAGAAGUUAACUGAACCAAGCAUUUUACGAGAGCUAAAGGAAAAAUAGCCUACUUUCACCCGCCGCCAUAAACGUCAUGAUGAGAAUGGGUAGCCUAAAAUUCAGAACGAGACUGGAGGGGGGUGUGGGUGUAACAUUAAUUAUUGUUAUUCAGAAACUCAACUGUCUGUCUUGUAAACCCGAAAAUACAAAUACAAAAUCAUUAAAAUCAUCAAGUGAUGACGGCAGCUGGCUGCAGCAAUUAAAACCCACCGUGAACAGUUUUCAAUGUUCCAUCAGACUGUGACUACUCCAGGGUCUGCUCUUGAGACUUUGCUCUAAUUUUCGGGGCAAUUAGGUCAGGAUUCGGGAUUCCAGGACUGUCCCGAAUUUUUUUCUGGUCUGGUCACCCUAAUCAUGUAGCCUACAAUAAACCGGUAAGGUCAACUGAGCCGAGCAUGGAGCUGACUCCGAGAGGUUGCCUCAGUAACGUUAAACGGAAGGAACGAAGCCGUUGGCAUCUUCCCGGCCACCCGAGGGCGCCGUCUUUCUUUUAUAGUCGCGCCUGGAGCGCGCGGCUCCAUCCUGUCCAGCAGCUCCGUUGCCUACGUCACCACAUUCCACCGAAUGCGAUGGAACAGCGUGGUGUGAAAGCGUAAGGGUGGUCUCAGAAAACACUGCCAGAAACUUAUGCAAGAUGAGGGAAGCGGCCGUUCUGCUCACAACACGUGUGGUUCUGUGUCUCCUUCUGAGCUUCAGCCAGGCAGCCAGACAAGGACAAGACAUCAGAUGUGGAGCUUGCAGGGCUCUGGUAGAUGAGAUGGAGUGGGCCAUCUCCCAAAUAGAUCCAAAGAAAAUGAUCCAGACGGGAUCCUUCAGGAUCAACCCGGACGGCAGCCAGUCCAUCAGAGAGGUUCCUCUGGCUCGCUCCGAGGGAAACCUCCUUGAGCUGAUGGAGAAUGUGUGUGAGAGGAUGGAGGACUACGGCGAGCACACAGAUUCUUCGACAAACAGGAAGUCCUAUAUUAGGAUAAAAUCUCGGAGCGGCGAGGCCAUGGACCUCUCAGAGGCCACCCUGGAUUCAAGAGUUACAGGCAGUUUAAAAUUUGCAUGUGAAACAAUUGUUGAGCAGCAUGAAGAUGAAGUCAUUGAAUUCUUCGCUCACGAGACAGAUAAUGUCAAAGACAAACUCUGUAGCAAGAGGACAGACCUCUGUGACCACGCUCUGAAAUUGCAGCACGACGAACUUUGAUAUCAUCCCGCCAUGGCUGCCGUCUCUCCUCAGCUGAAAUGGAGACGUUGGGUGAUGUUUUCAGUUGUCUCUUAUCACCGGUUUACGCCAUGGCAGUGGUGGAAGAUGUACACACAUUUAUAUGUAAGAUAAUAGAAAAUCGACCUGAAAAUAAAAGUGUUAUUUCUGUGAUCUGUGACAAUUUAAGGACCAGUUUGCCAUUUUUUAGCCGUAUCUCUUUGGACCAUCUUGUCACUUCUUUAUAUACUGUAAGUUAUUAUACUUUUCAAUAAUCUGUGUUUUAUAUGGAGGCUCUUGUCUUGCCUUCAAAUGCUCUUCAUCAGAUAAAACUGAAACUGUGAAACUGCAAAAAUUAAGUUAUACUUCCCAGUAUGUAUUGAAUUAUUUACAGGAUUAAUUGUGUAUAUAGGUUAAGCAUUGUAAUUUAAGGCACAAGUACACAGAGAUGAGGUUGAAAUUUGGUCAAGUGGUCAAUAUUAAUUUAAUAUUAAUUUACAUUGAUAAAGUCCUUACUAAAGUCAGGAAAAAGUGCAUUAGUGUUUUUUAUUCACCCAUACUUCCCGCUCAUCAAUGAACACACGUGUCAUUUGAUGCCAAAUUAUAUUUUCAGUUCUAGCUUUAGUUUUUAAUGCUUACCAGUUUUUAUGGAACUGUCCAAGAUCACAGCAUCACAGGAAUAACUUUUUUUGGUUAAAUAUUCUAAGUUCUAGACACAUUAUGUAAGGUGAUACAUUAAGAUGAUUUGAGUGGCUAGCUAUGUAAUGUUAACCUGACUCCGCCAGAUGGAUUGCUGGAGCUCGCGAGAUCAGGACGGUCUCACGAGGCUAAUGUAAUGUCACACUCUUAAAAGAUUGAUCACCAUUAGCCCCUUAAGAAUUGUUACUGUUGAUGUGAAAUGUAUUACACUUAAGAAAACAUGUAAAAUGUUGCUGUUUUAGGUGGGUGGGUUGAUGUUGGAAAUGUCCUCAUGAACCGAUCAAACAUUUUUCACCAAAGAAACUGGCAAUUGAAAAUCAGAUGCAAGUUGCAGCAAACUCAACAAAAGAAAAAUUAGGGAAGGAAGUAAAAUUCUGCUUUGUGUGUAAUUAGGACUUUAUGCUUCUUUGUAGCCAAUACAUUUUAAAACACACCCAAGGAUGAAAUGUAAUGUAAUAGUUUAUAGCUUCAGGAGCAGGCAAAGGACACCCCUUCUUUCCAUUAAUCACUACAGAAAUCAGAUGCAAUCGCCUUGAAUUAUGAUAGUUAAAGCAUUUUGUUAUUACUUUGAAGCAUCAAGACUAAAGUUCUGUUUUCUCCAGCCUAGUAAAACUGAACUCCAGUGUAAGCCCACCAGAGUGUGCUGUAGUCCACAAGCUGAUUGUUGAGUUAAAGAAUCAUACUCCGUUAGAAAGUCUUCAUGCUGUACUGUCAAUGUAGAUGAAAAGUAUUUUGGUAUAUAUAUAUAUUUUUUAAAUUAACUUGCUGUCUCAUUUGAACAUUCUGAUAUUUCCUUUUUAUAUAUGCAUUUUGUAAGUUCUCUGCAUCUGUUUUGUCUUUAAUCAAUGGAAAUAUAUUUGAGACAAGUUUACCUUCUAAAUUCUAAACUAUCAUAAAUCGGUUAAUUCACUAAAAUAUUUAUCUUGCUCCAUAGAUUGAUUUAAAUAGAUAUCAUCCAAAUUAUUAUAAAAAGCAAAAGUUCUGGUAACAGUCUGAUAAUAAACAUUUAAAAUGUUUACAUACUGUAGGCAGUUUGUUGCAUGUUUACAUAACUUUUUCAAUGUAUUGUUAGACAAAUUUCUUUGAGAAUGAUUUGUAUCACUGUUUUAAUGCAUAAAUGGAAUUACAUUUCACUGAAAUUGUCUUUUUAUAUGAUUUCACG